UUCCCUUCCCUUCCUCCCUCUGCAGUUUUUCUCAUAGUUUCCCCCCCCACUUCUAUAUAUACUCAGAUUUCUCAAUUUUGUCUUCUGGUUCCCAAAUUUCUUUUCAUGUUAUUUCACUUCAAAUAUUCAGCCUUACUGCUUGGCAUCUUUUUAAAAUCAUUCUUUUUUCUUUUUAUGGGUGUGACAUUCUCUCAGAUUUUUCUGAAAAUGGUACUUUUUUUAUAAGAGUGUUUGUCUCAUUUUAACAAUUUCCUUUAGCACCCCCCCCCUCAGACAGGGUCUCACUGUGCGGUUCAGGUUGGCUUUGAACUCACUGUGUUGCCCAUACUAGCGUUGAGCUCACAGUGACCCUCCUGCCUCAGCCUCCUAAGUGCUGGGAUUACAGCGAGCACCAGUUCUUCCUUGGUUCUCCCUCAGUGAUUGGUGACGGUUAUGGGGCUGCCCAUAUUUGUAAAUGAGGGGCGUAGUGCAGCCGGUGGAGGGACUGGCGGGGUCUCCCUGGCAGGUAGGCAGGGCGCUGUGUCCUGUGCUCCUCCUCAUAAAAGGCGGGGCUGGGAGUCUGGCUCAUGGGAGAGAGGAGGGUGGCAAUUACACAUGGGAACUCGUGACCCCCAGACUGUCACCAUCAGGAAGGCUUUGCUCUAAGGGUGAAUCACCACGUGGCACCCUCUGUGCAGACUGUGGAGUGAGGGAGAAAGCCAGUCGUGCUCUGCGGAGUCCUCGUGUUGAUUACCCUGACUGCCUGCUCCCUGGGAGCCGGGGCCUGACUUCUCCAGCUCUGUUGUGAAGAACGCAUCCCACCUGUGUGUCCUUGGACUCCGAUGCCUGUUUUGUGUCAGAGUUUCCACUGGCUCAACUCAGCUGUAUCUGUUUGCUGUUUUCCAGAAAUUCCUUAGCCUUUGCCUCGCGGUGGUGGGCUUCCCUGCUCCCCGCCCUGUGGCCGAUCAGUGUUUGCCAUGCGGCUGGUAAACCCUCAAGCCUGUCUGCCAGCUUGAAGGAGAUGCCAGUGCCUUAGGGGCCAGUGCCACGGGUGUUGGUGCCGGGAUUCCUCCAGGCCGUGUCUCCCCAGGCCUCUGGGAAUCCAUCGCUCCCUCUUCGAGACCAAAGACUGCUCUACUGCUCUGGCUGGUUCCUGCACAACCUGGAUUGUUGUGCAGGGACGGCAGAGUGUGUGUGUGUGGGGGGGGGGCCUGGGCGGGUUCCAGCCUCAGAUCCACAAUAGCUGCCCCACCCUCAGAACCUGCUCUCGCCCGGCUCCUCACUUCCUGGGCCUCGCAGGAUACAGCAAACCCUGGUUCUAACACCGGCCACACAGCUCUCCUCCUCCUCCAUUAAAGUCUGAGCCCCCUGCAGGUGGGCUGUAUGCCUAGUUUUACAUUUGCAUGCUCAAUACGCCCUGGGGGGCUGGCAAGCAGGACACAACAGACUAAGUAGCCACGGAGCAGACAGAGACGUGCACGAUCUCGGCCAUGACCCCGGGAAGAAGUGUGCUGGCUUCCUUCACUGAACAGGAGGCCACAGGCUUCCUUCAGGAGAGGCAGCUCUGGAGCCAUUUCACACAGGAGGAGGGUAAUGUGAGGGCUCGAAGGCAAACCAGAGCCUAUUUGGGGGCUGCACUGGUGGGUGUUGUUCCCAGAGGGCUGUCAGCGGCCAGUGCAGCCCCAGGAGCCCCUGACCUGUGUUCUGUCCAGGUGUGCUGAGAGGCUGUUGGGUAGCACAGGUCUCUACUCGGUGCCAGGUCCGUGAGUGUCGAACUUAAGACAGCAAUGGGCAAAAAUGCAGGUUCCGAGGAUCUGUGGGUGUCCGUGCAGGCUCCUUCCUGGUUCCGUGUAACCCUACAGGAAAAUGAAGCCUAGGGGUGCUGGCAGCCUGACAGCGCCUCGUGACAUGAGCAGAGAAGCCAGGGCCUGCGUGGCACAGAGUCCCAGCUGGUCAGACGGGAGCACCUGCUCCGACCCCCGGUAGCACUGGCGCUCCCCGAGGUGCCCUCACAUUGAGGCGCCCAGGGCUUCCCAGCCCACUGGCUGCCAGCCUCUCUGUCACUGUGACAGCUGCUGGAAACCUAUCCUGCAACCUGCACUGGGCUCUUUCUAGCUUUCUGGGACUAAAUCACCUGUCAGGUAACACACAACUUCCUGUGAGAGUUUCAAAACCAAAACUCACGUCCAGUCCUUUCAGAGAUCCCUGUUUACUUUGCACUGAUUUUUGCUCCACAGGGUAGUCAGUCAAUGACCUAUGAACAAAGGAAGUUCCUGGGCCAAGCAGGCUCUGUUCCGUGGUUUGUUUCAUGGUAGCCCCGUGUCUCUAAGUUGGGGUACAGCUAUUUCCAGGGAACGGUGAGCCCACGAGACAGCACUGCUCUGUGGGAGCAGCUUCACGGUGCUGGCUGCGCCCUCUCUGAGGUCUGUGCCCCGCCACUGUCUGGAGGAAGAGCUUCGGCCACUGGGAGCAGCUGGUCUGUGCGCCUGAGUCACUGAUCCCGCUGGCGCUCCCUACUUACAGCCUUUGAGAAUCUCUUGGCAGUGUCUAAGAGACAAUGACUCAAGUCUUAUAACCUGUCAUAGCGCAUUUUAGCUUUGCCUAAGCAAUACCCCGUGACCUCCAGAAUCAGUCACUUCCCAUUACUGGCUUUUGAGGCAGGCUGGUCUUGGUCUCUCGUUACUGGGUGAGGAAACCAAACCCCGAGGGAGUGAUUUCCACCCGAGGGCCUGGCGGUGUCCUCAGAGUCAGGUCCAUGGUCCUGCAGCUCCCUUCCCCGCUCCUCCACGUGAGCACACUCACCCCUGCAUCAGCCCAGGGGAGUGCACAAGGCCCUGGCCCUGCGUUUACAAGGAGUCACCUAGAGAGCUGGAGGAAAUGCCUCCCACCAGACGUGGAUUCCUUUGGGUUGGGUGGGGCCGGAGCACAGGUUUUGCGCGUGGAAAAGGAAAAAAGAAAAAAGAGAGGAGAAGAAAGGUCCCAGGUGACGCUCAUGGGCACAGUGGGUGCGCUGACCUUCCAGUUCCGACCCAGGGUGUCCCCCAGGGGCCCCCAUCCUGCAGAUGCAGCCUCCUGAAGUCAUGUCUGGUUCAAGUAUCUCGUGUGAGCACGAGUGGCUGAAAAGCUCACUUCUGGUGACAUAGACGGUGCUGGAAGGGGCCAGGGACCUCGUGUGCCCCCUGUCUCAGCCUUGACACCGGGGACCUCCCAGGGCUUCCUUCUCGUGGUGAGGCCCGCAGAAGGCUGACUCUGGGUUGUUCUGUGGCAAACACAUUUGCCAGAUGAGUGAAAUCUAGUGCUUUAUCAUUGAAAGAUUUGUUGGUGCUUUUGUCACAAAUCUGUAAGAGGCAGACACCAGGCCGGGGAUUUAGCUCAGUGACGUAAGCACCUGCCUGGCAGGCACAAGGUCAUGAGUUUGAUCCCUGGUACACCACCUGCCUCCCCUGACAAAAAGAGGAGUGUAAAAUGUGUUUCCUAGAUUCAGCCAUGGAGCCCUUUCCUCCCGGAAUCAGAACCUUCUAUUCCUAUGGCUCUUUUGCCAUCAGCCCCCUGUCCCAGGUGGGGGCUUCUGCUUUCAGGCCCCUUCCGCGAUGCUCAGGGGUCUGUAGUGCCCUCCAUGGGGCAAGGCUUCCUCCCCAGGUCCCUGCACUCGGGAAGUGAGGUGAGAAUGUGAGUGGAAGGCGGUGAGGCCCAGCCCUGCCUCGAUCACAGUCUCCUGACACGUGGUUGACCCCCAAGAGCGCCUCUUGGGGUGUUCAUCCAGGGAAUGGGAUGGCCCAGUUAUUGCUGCCCUGGACGGGUCCACAGGUGCACCCAGGACUGGGGUCUCAGCUGACUGAUGCUUGCUGGGCAUGGAGUGUUUUCCAAGCUGGUUUUGCACAGACCUAAGAAGCAGGAGGUGAGAGUCCUCCUGGCUCCCUGCCUCUCUUUUCUCACCUCUCCCAAAGGGCCCAUCACAGUGCAAACCAGUCCUGGAAAUAGGUGACCAAAAGCAAACUUCGUGCUAAUGUAAAACAUUACCCUAAUGGUUCCUUUAGGAAUCAGCCCCAUCUGUGGAUGUCCCUCCCGGCCUUGGUACCUGGUUCGAAUCCAGGCACGCAACAGGAAAGGCUCCCUGACAUGAGCAUGUAAUGAUCAGCUUUGCAAGUUUAGCUGAAGAAGAGAUCAGGGAUAAGGGUGUGUGGUUUCUUUGGCAAUUUUAGAGUGGGUAGUACUGAUGUUAAGUAAGUUCCCUAAUAAAUAAAGCUUUUCUUCUGCGCUCCCUGCCUCUGCACCCUGGGAAUGAUGCGUUGCUGUGGGAAUUCUUGGCCCCACCUCACCACCCUCCUGGGUUUCUGAUCUAGAAGGACCGUGGGGGUCUCAGGGCCAUCAGAUGUGGCAGUGAGUGGGCACUACCACGCGAGCCAUCCCUUGGCAUUGCUCCCUCUGCACCUGCCUGACAGCACGACCGCCGAGCCACCGUCUGCUUUGAUUUUGGGUGAGGUGCAGACAGACAAGAGAAACAAGCGACUUUGAAGGGAGGAACUGGGACUUGUACGGGAGUCACAAAUGGAAUGACAGGAACGGGGUUCAGUCUGCACAAACGUGCACUGCAAGCUGUUUCAUUUGGGGAGUUAAAUUUAAACACUGCUGCCACCCAUGCCAGUGGGUAAAAAUACAGUGACCAUGUUUUCUUAAACCUGGAUCCAAAUGCAGUCUGCAGAUUUUAUCUAGUUUUUACAUUUUAAGUUUUUAAAGCCUUCAGCCAGCAUAAGGAUUAAUCCGUCCCUAGUUUUAGAUGAAAAAAAAUGCUGGGUUGAAAAGGGAAUCAUUUGAGAUCGUGAUUUCUGGAGGGCGUGGGCCCUGGCUACCUCUGCACGGUGCCUCGGGAGAAAGUGGGGCUGGCAGCUCGUGCUGUUUGCCAAGUGUGUCAAGAGUCCCGGUCGCCCGUGACAGCUGGCACCGCAGACAAGUCACUCGCUCUGGGUUUAUUUUUUCCUGGUUGGAGAAAUAGCAGCUACUUGCCAACCUACUGCUUUGCAGGAAGCCGACCAAGAGUUUGCAUAAUGAGGCUGUCGUUUCUAAUCAUUUAUUCAGUGUAAAUUGUGACCGCCCCAGAGUUCUUUCAGGGAAGCUCUGUAUGAUGGGAGAAAAUCUAGAAGAAAUAAUAUUUACGCUCAUCUUGGCUGAUGAUCAUAAUGCCAGCUCCCAGAUGAGAGUUCUGAAAGGGAGUUAGGCCAGCAUGCCGGGCACAUUACAUGAAAUCCUUCCCAAAGAGAAAUCAACCCAUGUGCCCUGGGCCAUUGCAGAUUAACAAUCCUCCAGGCUUCGGGGCUCCUCUGCCCCCCAUGCUCAGUGACAAGAGCAGAGGCUGAGGUGGUCUCUCAGCCACUUUUUCUCCUGUUUGAAUCCUGCUGGGUGACCGCCCCCAUUCCUGCCUAUGUGAGCCCUGCAAAUGCUAGAGGCCCUGGCUGCGCGAAUGAGGUGUCUGGUUCCAGUCCGCCCAGCCACAAUCCUAAUUUUGUUUGAAAUCUCACAGUGCUUCUAAACAAACAGGGACACACGUUUCUUCAAGCCAUGUAUUAGAAUCAGGAUUAGGAAGACUUUUUACCUUUCAUACAGUUGAGCCAAUGGGAGAUGCUUUUGCACACCAGAAAUCUGAAAACCCAGCCAUGGACACAGUGGUGAGGAGGAGGACUGGACCUGGAGGAGGGGCAGGUGAGCUCCCCUAAGCAAUUCCCUUAGCGUCAGAUCCGUUGGACCUAAGCAACUGCAAACUAACUGCUUACCUCUCCCCAAGUAACAGUGCUACUUAGUAAUGCCUAGACUCUGUUUCUCACCCCUAAGUAAUAGAUGACGCCUGCUUCCUUUUGAGUGACUACAGCUUUAUUCUCAACAAUCUAGUUUGUUGUCAUUCCAAGUCCUAAUGUUCAAAUCUCCAGACGUUAUUUCAUAUAUAGGCACAUAUAUAUGGAUUUCAUCUACCAACAAUCCUGAUGCUUAUUGAAUAGUUUACUGUAUGCCUGUCCUUAUGAGUAUGAGCUGCCUAAAAGAUACUUUUAACUCCUCACAGUAAUUAUAAUAACAAUGCUAAUAAUUCUGUUAUUAUGUUGACUUUAUAGAUGAUGAAACUGAGCCCACUAAAGUAGUCGGCCAGACAUACUCAGUUUCCACAGGAGGAAGCCGGUGCCCAGCUGCAGGCCUGUGUGUUUCCCAGCUAAGGGUUCCCUAGCUGAUGGGGGAAACCAGUGAUGAAUAUCAGGAACCAAACAGUGCUAACUGAAGUGGAAAGAUGUCCAUACAUGGCAGCAAAUCAGUUACACAGCUGUAGGGGUUCUGAUGAGAUUUUUGCAAGUUGGGCAGGGAUAUUCUGUGUGUGUCUGUGUAUCUGUGUGUCUGUGUGUUGAAACUUCUUUGGAAACUGAUAAAAGUUUUGGGCCCCUUUUCUUAAAAAUGUAUGUCUGCAUACACACAAAAUUUCAUAUACAACUUAAAAGUUCAGAUUAGAGUUUUUCACAUACAUACACACGCACACGUACACAGAGUAUCACAUGUAUUCACAUGUAAGGAAAAAUCUAGAAAGAUAGGUAUCAAGGUUAAUCGUGCUCUCUAAGGGAUAGGAUGUGUUAGCUUUCUAGCGCUGUGACCAAGACCCUUGAGAAAAUAGCUUAAAGAAAGAAGAGAGGUUUGUGCUGGCGCGUGGCUUCAGCCCCCGGGCUUUUGCUCUGUGGAUUUGGCCCCCGGGGCCCAGCAGGCAGGGCAGGAGCGGUGCCCAGCAGGCAGGGCAGGAGCGGUGCCCAGGAGACUGCUUGCCUCGGGCAGCCAGGAAGCCAGGAGGGCAGGGAAGAGGCAGGGGCCGGAGUGCCCUGCCGGCGCAGUGGGACCUGGCCUCCUCCUGUAGGGCUCCAGCCCUCCAACAGGGCCACGGGCUGCAGACAAAGCCUUCAACACACAGGCUGUGAGACGUCUGAAAUCCAAGCUAUGGCAGCCGAACCCCAUUUUUCCUGUUCUCCUGUAUACUUUUUCGGAUGGUUAAAUCCAUUUUUAAUGAAGGCCCUUUGUCUCCAGUUUGAAAUGGAAUCCGGUGCUUCUUUUCCUCCUGGUGGACGGGCUUCUGACACUUUCUCCUGCCAUAACCCAGAGAUGAUUAAUACCACUCUGAAAAAAACCCACGACACGCCUCUAUGAAUGCACCAUAUGCUUCCUAAAAGUUAAGAGUAACUAAGGUGGGGCGAGGGAACCUCAGAGAGCCCUUCUGACAGUGCUGUGCACGGCCGUAGGAGGUCGUGGGCAGAGCUCUGGGGGACCUUGAGGCUGGGGGCAGGCGCUCUCCGAGGAUGCCCGCAAAUGAUGUUGGCACCGCCAAGCUGCAAGAGACUGAGCAGAAGGGCAGCAAGCUGGGUGCUAAACGAAUUACCCUCGGGCUAUCUGAGAUGACCUGUUAAUCUUCAUCUCAGCCGGGUCUGGCGCUAACUGAGACAGCGGUGCCCAGGGCGCUCGGGGGUUCCACGGAGGGAACUCCUCUGCUCUCUUGAGCUGCCCCCCUGCAGCACCUGCAAAGUGAGGAGCGAGGCGCAUCCCUGCACAGAGCGAGCAGCGCUGGCUUCCAGAGCCCUCUGUCCUCGGGCUGCCUCACCCUCACACACGCACCUCACCUCGCUUUUGUGCAGAGAGCUCCUACACUGUGAUUACACACCCCGACUCUGGGCUUAAACAAGGAAGCCGGGGGGGAUCUGUCACCUCGCCAGAAAGAGGCACUUAAUCGUGCAUGCUUUGUGGAGGAAUCUGUCAUCUUGCAGCCUGGUUGGCGCCUGGUGCAAUCUGGAAUUUUGUACAUCGUAGGUUUGAUGACAGCUGGAGACCCCAGUGGUUCUCAAUGCCAAGGACACUGGCUUGUCCUUGCCCUGACCUCCCCACCUUUGAAGCUUGCCCCCCUCAAUCAGCAACCACAGGAGCAGCAAAUACUCAUGCACCUCUCUGGGUCCACACCAGUGAGCUAAGUAAGAGAGGACAGAGCAGCUCCUCUUUGUUCUCCUGUGUGUGUGUGUGUGUGUGUGUGUGUGUGUGUGUGUGUGUGUGUGAUGUAAGUCCAUCUGCAGGGAGGGCGGAGUGUAGAAGUCCAAGUCAGGAUAUCGUAUUUCACAUCUUGCUCUGCGGGGUUGGGACCAGAGAAGGUACGCAUCUCUCUGAUGCUUCCCAUGCAACGGGAGGGGUUCCUGCGUCCCAGUCCUCCUGGUUGCCGUUUGCCUGGCAACUUCAGGGGCUGAGGUCCCUGCAGGAGGUGGCCUCUGUUGUAAACAGUCCCCGUGUUCACGUGAGAACAACCUGGACUUGCAUCGUGAUGCAGCCACUUUCUGGCUGUGGUUUUGUAAAAUUUCUCACUUUCCCUUCACAUCUGUUUCCUUGCAUAGCGGUAUUAAUAUCUACAUUGCCAAGCCAUUCGGGGGAUUAGAUUGGCUGUCACAUGGGAAGUACCUGGCGCUCUGCAGUGCUCCAGAGGCAGCAGCUAAUGAGAUCAUUAAGGCGCCCGAACUGCAGCCCCUCCUCCGCCUCCUGGUCACUGCAGGUGGCGGCUCCUGUUUCCUGCACCCCCCUGAGCAGGCAUCUUCUGGGAGGCCACAUGCGCCGCCUGCCCACCCCCACUUCUCCAAGGUCACCACACAGAUGAAGGUCACCAGAGGCCACUGGCUGCUCAACACUGUGGCCGACCAGCAGGAAGAGCUGUACCCUCACCUCAGAGUGGUUCCCUGGGCUUCAUGACACCCCACGUCCUCCGUCUCCUCCUGUCUCUGUGGCUGGUCCUCCUUGGUCUCUGUAGCAGGAGUGCUUGAUCUUUAGGUGUUUGGGGUACCCUGGACUCAGUCAUUUUUCCCUUUUUCUAUCAAUACUUAUUAUUCCCCUACUGUGCCCACCCAGUGCUGUGGCUGUGAAUACUAUUUUUGUGCCAGCAAUCCCCAAAUAUAUGUUACCAACUGUAAGCCAGUUUCAAAAUCUGGACUCCUAUGAUACCACAAAACCCUACUCGAGUAACAAUUAGGGAUCUCAGCUUGAGAGCUCAUAUUUCAGCUCAAGUGUGGGAGAAAGAGGAAAGCUGUUGUCCCAGGUAGAAGGCAGUGGGGUGGGAGCGGGUGGGUCAGAUUUUUGUUUGGUUAACCUUCAGCUGACUGGACGAGGUGCACCCACAUGGGGCAGGGUGAUGGCUUGGCUCAGCCACAGGUCCGUCACAUUCAAGAACCACUUCACAAAAGCACCCAGAAUGUAGUAGUUUGGCCAAAUAGCUAACAUUCCGGGGCCUGGUUAAGUUGGCACAUGUAAUUAACCAUCACACACAGCAAGUCCAAGAGCUGGACAAAAGCCACCUGUGACCCUCCCCUGCCAUUGAUUAGCGUUGGGCCCUUCGGUUUGAGCUCACGUGGCAGCCCUGGAGUCAUCCUCGCCAGCUUUCUUCCUGUCAGGGAAUCCCGUGCCCUUCAGGCCGGGGCCCGGGCUUCUCUUGGACCGUUUUCCCUUCCUGCUUUCUCAACGCACACGCAGUUGUUGCCCCGGAGCUCUGUCGGGAUCUCAAAGUCAAACCUGCUGCCGCAGGCUCCUGCCCCCACCACAGCCAGCUUCACCUGAGGCAUGUGCCUGCAGCGUCCCUUGGAAGCCCACGGUCCUCCUCCGCCUGCCGCAGGGAGACGCCCCGCCUGUGUGCAGAACGCAGGGACCCAUGUGUGCUGGCAGAGUGUGCAUCCUGCAGAGCAGGAAGUGAGGCUGAAGACUGGAGUCCCUUGGCGAGGCCACAGCUGGGGGAAGCUCCUCCAGAGCGGCUUUCACAGGGUCACAGAGGCAGUGCUGGCCUCUGGCACCUGUCCGCAGCUCAGCUCCUAGGUAUCGAUUUUCUGUUCCAAUGAAAGGUAGAACUUAGUUCAGAGAGCAGGUGUCCAGAGGGCUGGGCUAGUGUACCUGGUUAUCCUUGACCGUAGGCUAAGCGAAUCUUAUUUUUAUUUCUAUGCCUUUUGUCACCAGAUAAAACCCCCCCACCGGGGGUCUGGAAUAUUCCACCUUCCCAGCACCAGUGAAUGAAUGUCAUAUCCUUGCCUUUCCUUUAAACUCUUCAGACGCCAAGUCGGCCAUGCCUUUGGGGUGUCCUUAGAAGUCAAUCCUUUCAUCUUCCUAGAUACUUGCAGUGCGGUCUCCAGAACACAUUGGAAUGUUUAUUAUUUUUGCGUUAUGUUCCACAAACAUGAGGUGCACACUUACCAAGCUGCCGUGCUUGGCCUGGGAAGAUAGAGGGACACCCAUCUGUUAGGGAAACGUGUGCACCUUAGUGAGGAUCUGGCUGUGCUUUAACAGAGACCAAGUGGGCGAUUGCUCUCCUGUCCCGGCUAAUACACAACUAAAGGAGCAGGCUGUGUGCCCCGAGGUUAGCUGGGCUUCCACACCGUCCACAUUUCCCCCAGAGGGUAGAAUUUGGCUCCCGCACCCACAUAGGAGUUCUAAGCUUGGGUGGGAGAAGAGGAGGACCAGGUUACAGACAGCGCUGGGGUCUCUAACUAUCUUCUGCUCAGACCCCAGGGGCCGGCACCUGCGUAAGUCCAGCCAGAAAUCCAUCUCAGGGGCCCGCUGGGAUUCCACUUCUAAAGGGGAGGGGGAAGCUGGUGACUGGGGGCAGGCAGGUCCCUGCACGGCCACCUCUGUAAACCUCCCCUGGCCUGUCCCUACAGAAUAAGGCCUUCGAGGGCAGACCACGUCCUGCACCGCCCUCCACACCUGCAGCAUCUGGCUCCUCCACAAAUACCGUCAGCGAGGUGAUUUGGGUAAUGCGCUUUCAUCCAAGAGAUUUGGUCCAAGAGGUUUUAUUCUAAUGCCCUAAACAAACACUGUUCACUCCCAGGGUAAAUACUGCAGGGACCUCAGUGUCACGGGCCACAGGGCGGGGCCAUGGGCCACCGCACAUGCCCUUCCUCCUGGGCUAGAGAGGCCGCUGGUCCUGAGGCACCUGCAGGAGGCGGCUGAGCAGGACUCCUGCCCCAGUCCAUCCUGCUUCCCCACAGCCCCCAUCUGCAGAUCUGCUGACCUAAUUCUGAACACAGGAGACGGCGCUGCUGGGGGGCUGGCACCGCAUUCCUUUCCGGACUCCGCAUGCUUCGUGGGAACCCGGGGCUCAGACUUCCCCUCCCCCAGGUGGCAGUGGUAGAUUUGUUCUCUCCCAUCCACGAGGAAGCCCAAAGGGAUUUGCUGCUGGAGGAGGUAACAGAGCCGUACGUAGUAAAGCUCCCUCCCCUGCAUCUGAACAUCUGUUCAGACUGUGCACUGCUCCCGGAGGAAGGGACGAGCACCAGGCUUCAGGCUGUACAAUUUACAGUGGCUGCCCUGCCCUGCCCUGCCCUGCCCUGCCCUGCCCUGCCCUGCUUUAUCUCCCUAAUGCCGCCUUUGAAGAAAGGCAGGAGCCUGCAUAGUGGUGUUUAUCACAUUCAUGAGAGCAACCCUUUGCAGGACAGUAAUUUCGAACUGUUUGAAUCCAAACAAUGACUGCUGAUACCAGAUGAUGGAGGCGAUGGAGCCAGACCCCUCUGAGAACCCGGGUAAAGCGGGAAGCCAGCCGCCCUGGGGACUUGUGAGGGGCUGCUCCACAGGUCUGGAAUUUCGGCAGCCCUCUUCAGACAGCUGGACGCCCCCCUCCCCAACACCAGCACCUCCCACUCCAGGUGCCACUCAGCUGUGACCCCAGGAUGAAUGAAGCUCCCUUCCCCCCUCCUGUGGUCACCUGUCCUUCCCAGAAUAGUUAGCAGCAUGGACUUCAGCCAAGCCCUUCCUCCGGCCCCGUGUGGAAGGCUCAGAGCUGCCCUGCCCAGCCGUCUCCCAGCUGGCCCUCCUUCCCAGCUGCCUGCAGCCCGCUGGCCAGGAGGUGAAAGCACAGUGAUAAACCUUGUGAACGGACACCCCGACACCCCCUUGUUAGCCAGGCCGGCCAGGCGGUGGGGGAGGAGCAGAAAGUGCAGCCGAUGAUGUGUCCUUGGCGUGACAGAUUGUCAAUAUCUGAGGGAUUCUGCUCGGAGACACGGGACGCGAUGUUCUCCAGCCAGGCCUGAGCUGUGUCGCCGCAGUCAGCAGCCCUUGGAGAAUCCCAUCCCAUCAGGUCCAGCAGGUCAAGGAACACGCUAGAGACCCACCGGAGACCAGGUGCCUGCUCCUUCCAGGAAACACGGCACCACCUCCCCUUCAUGUCGCGGCUAGCAGUUUUCUCUGUCUGUGUAUGGGACUACACCCGUGCAAACACCCGUGCAAACACCCGUGCCUCUCUCUCCCUCUUCCUAUCCCUUCUCUCCGGCCCUCCCUUUCCCAUCCGCUCCUCCUCAGUUUCCCUCGGUUUCUUUGUCUCUGGAGCAUUAGCAACUGUUCUGGCUGACUGCCUAGGCUUAGAAGACAGAAUCUUUGUGCAAAUUUCUUCUUGCCAUUGGCAUAGAAGCACUGUAUAAAUCAGCCAGACACUUUGUUGUAAAACUUUCUCAUUAUCAACAUGCUCUACUGUUUCAUUUUAUAAGUGCCUCUUUGUCUUCCAAAAAGCGUUUCAGAUUAAACCGUGCUGUUACCGAAAAUGUGGGCGGUUUCUGCUUGUAUUGGCUGAUUGAAUUGCAGUGGCCAGUUGCAGAUAUUAAUUUGUAGAGAACGCUGUAGAUUAAAGUGAAGACUUAGUUUCUUUAUUAACCAGCAGAGCCACUGGAUUUCUACUUUCCAGUCAAAGAGCUCUGAGAUCAACACGGGACCCAGUUCUCCAUUUUAAAUCUGGACUGGGCCUUUUCUUUUCCAUCUGUUGGAUGCAUGAUUCAAAUUAAGUCACACAAAAAAGUCUUUUGCUCUCUAUGGGGCACUGGCAGUGCACAGGUGUGAAACCUUCCCUGCCGUUGAGGGCCUCACAGUCCACUGCUGUGGCCCGCCUGUGGUUGGUGAGCAGGGUUCAGGGCGGAACAAGGUAGCUGGGGUGUGUGCAGGGCCAGGACACCUGGGCGGGAGAGGGACCCCGGUUAGGGUGGGUAGGGACACCUGCUCGUUAACUAGGUGAACACAGCUCUCCUUGCUGGGGGGCAGGGGGGAGCUGAGGGACCCCAAGUUAGCCAGUGAGUAGCGUGUGGCCCCUAGAACGUGCUGGGUCGGUGACUCGUGGUCACAGCAAGGCAAGCGUUGUGUCCGGCUUUAUUGGGCAGCAGCUGGGCUUGACCGAGGGGGGACAGUGAUGUCACUGCAGAGCAGCACACAGAGGAGACCUGCCCCUCCUGGAUGGGGCAAGAGGGAGGGAGAGAGGGCCAGGUGCUUUGCAAAGGAAGCCUGGGCCCGAUGCUGAAGCCCUCUGCCAGGCUGGGCUGAGGGGUUGGUUUGAUUGUGAGGCUGUCAGAGAAGAGUAGCUGGAGACGGGGUUUUGUAAACUCAGCCUCUCUCCGAUCUGAGGGAGGUGAGUCUGGAAGUGAGGGCACCGGGGCGAGCCAGACCGUGCCCACUUCACCCCACUAGCGUCUGCAGAAGCCCUACCGUGUUCCGGGGGUGUGGACACGCCAGGGGGAGGGAGACACUGAUCGAUGUGUUCUGACAUAACAUCAAUUUUCUAGAGACAGGGGGCCAUCCAGGGGCGGGGUGAUGGGGAAGGGCCAUGAAACAUGGCUCUAUGAGAACGUGCCACCCCUCCGAAAGCAGGAGCACAGAAUCCAUCACGGGAGCUGGGAGGAGGGGAAAGCCAGCACUGUCCCUGCCAGCGUCCUCAUUCUUUGGGACGAGAUUCCAGGACUUGUGCUGGCCAGGGCCCUGUGGGGCCAGGUCGUGCCCUGUAUUCACCCAGAAAAGCCGAGAGAGACGAGCCACCUAAGGGAAGGGACCUGCGACCUGGGUCACUAUUCCUGCCUCUCUGUGACACCUGGAAUGCUGCACUGAUUUUGUUCAGGUGAGAGUGACACCAGACUUUGGAAAGCUGUUUUCCUGUUGAAAGGGAACGCGUUGAUAAUGGAGACCCUGGGGUCCGGUGGUGUCAGGUCGGGGUGGAUGCUGAGGCAUGUCAGGUAACAAGAGGAGGAGGAGGUGACGGAGUAUAAAUACCGAUGUGGCCCAGGAGGAAACGAGGAAAUGAAAGGAAUUCCAGCAGGAAAGGGGCUUUGCUUCCUGGAUAAUAAAAUCCUAAAGAGCAGACAGAGCUGUGGGAUGAGGCCCUCCAGUCCUCGACUGAGUUACUCUUUCCACUGUAUUGGAGAGAUGACCACAGAGGGCGUAAUUUAUUCCCUGAGCGGGCGUGUGCUCUGCAGAACGGGGAGGCUGACAGGGUAAGCCUGACCACCCGGGCAUGGGCUGCACCGUGUCUGUGGGGCCACAUUCUCACCCACAAAACCUCGUCCAUCCAGAUUCUCCCGUGGCCACAUCUUGGGGUGCUGGGCAGCCCCAAGGAUGCUGCAUCAGGGACUCCUGAGGAUCAGCCGCCCCAUGGAGCCCUUUCCCUCUGAGAGCCUUCACUUGCACAGUGCCGGGCUUUUCUGGGGAACCCUCAGAAUGAAGGCUCUUGAGACGGCAGAGCCCUAGCUGUCCGUGGACACGCAGGGAUGAGGCCUUUUGGAUCAAGUUUUCUCAUGUUGGUCUUAAUAAAAAGAGGAGGGCUUCCUCCCUGGUCCCCUGCUGGUAACACACUGCUGCAUGGUGCACGGCGUGUUCAGGGCUCCGUGGCUUCCUGGUCUCCUCACAUCAGCCACGAUGCCAUGGUGCAUUUCCAGUUCAGGCUGAGCUCACAGUGGCAUGCACCUGGGGACUCGCUCAUCGCCCCUGGGCACCGGCACUGGUGAAGGGCACCCUGGCUCACCCUGCUGUCCCUGCGUUCCAGAUACAAGCAAAUUCACACGCAACAGAGAGCCCAAACAUGAACGUCCCCGUGGGAGUGCGGGAGUCUGCUUUGUCCCACCCUGCUGCACAAGGACACUGAUGGUCCUCUGAGGUGGGCGUCAGCCUAGAAGGCAACCGGACAGUAAGAGCGGUGGGGCGAGGCGGUAUGUCCCCAAAUGUUUCCGGGCAGCAUGUUUUCCAAGUCUGUUACUGUGCCCACGCCGCCUGGCUGUGGGGUCCACCUCUACCUCAGCACAGACAGCUGUGCGGGGCACGGCUAACAGAGCGCAGCUGGCCCAGGUGACCCAAGCUCUCGUCCACCAUGAUCGAUCGGGGUGGCUUUUAACUUAGCAUCCAGAUACGGGCACUUUGGAGAGUCAAAGGAGCAUUGCUGAGGCUGAAGCCAGGAUAUGUGCAAACCACGAGGGGUACUGGACUAACUAACAUGAGAGAAUCUGCAGACGAAGGCAACUUGCUUAAAAUUUGAGCCUUGGAUUGUGUCGCAUUGUGAUUGCCGUCAGUGCUGCGAAUGCUGCCUUCAAGUUGUUGGAAUCCACUAGCAGAGGGAAGACGUAUUGUGCAAGGAAACCGUUGGCAACAGUGUGUCUGUUUAACAAGGGUCAGAUGAAUGGCAGGCACAGGCUGUGGUGACGCGCGCUGCCUGAGGACUCAGGUGAUGUCCUGGGUCAGUCUCCAGCUGGCUGGCCCCAUGGAAGAUCUUCAGUCUCUUUGAGUGCUCAUGUGUUUUGAUUGGUUGGUCUGUUGAUUGUUUGUUGAUUGACUCAUCCACUUGGUGAACAUGUAGACUUCCUGUGUGCCACACAUGAUGGUGGCCAAGAGCUUGGUCUCUUGGGGAGAUGUACUUGGUUCCAGUAGCAGCUCUGGCUUUACAGUGAGACUUGGAGUUUACCCCUCUGACCUCCAGUUUUCUCAUCGUAGCAUGUGCUCUGGUCUGAAUAUUGCCGUCCCCCAGAUUCAUAGCUUGAAAUCCAAAUCCCCAAGGCGAUGGAGUUAGGAGGUGGGGCCUUGGGAUGAUCAGGUCAUGGGAGCCAGAUCCUCACACACAUGGGGUAGAUCCUGAGGACACUCAGGAGGGUGCCACCCAGAAGGAGGCAGCCGACAGGCCCUCAUCAGGCAUGGACUGUGCCAGCACCCUAGCCUGGGACUUCCUGUCCUCCAGAACUGUGACAGAGCUAUGUCCGUGCACUCUGUGUGUUGUGUUAUAGCUGCACAAACACAGCGAGAUAGCACCUGGCUCCUGCCACUGCUGCACACUGAAGGAUGAAAUAGCCUGCCUGGAGUCUGUAUACGAAAGGUCUGGCAGUUUUGAACGUGUAGGAAAUGCUCAAGAAGAGACAAGGGUGGCUGUUAUUGUGGGUCCUGAACAGGUUGCUGGAACUGCAGGAGGAUGGGGGGGGGGUGCUGGGAGGUGAGAAGGGGAAUCUCCGGGCUUUUAGAGAAUCCGGGGAAUAAGUGAGGUGAGCGGGCAAGGUUCUCCGUGCUGAUUACAGAACCUGAGGCCUUGACUCCGUGCAUCCUGCUUCCUAUUAGCGUGCGCUCAGCACCAAGGCAGAGAAAACUCAACCUCAGUUCUGAAAUCCUGCAUGCACCCUCUCGGGGCUGGAUCCUGUCUCUUCCCUAUGCCCGCGGCAUCGCAGAUGUGAGGACAGCGGUCAGGAAGGUGAGGCGUGGCCGCUGGGUGCCUGACGAGGGGCUUCCACGUCGCUCUGCACCUCGGUUGCUCUUCAGACCCGGGCCCUAAUGCGGGACACCAGUGUCUCCCGCCUGACUCUUGGUCUUCCUGUGCCCCUCCCCACCCUCUGCCCUCCCGUGGGCCACCGCUGGCCUCUGGGUGUGGUGCAAGCCUGACUGGUGUGUUUCCCGGCUCGGAACCCUCGGGCCAGCUGAGCCACCGCUCUGCAGGUGUUCCAGGAAUUUAUUUAUAGUGCCCCUCCACACUUAGCUGCAGUAUGACUCUCCUUGUGUUCACCUACCUGAGAUCAGCCGUGGCCUAAAAAUAUUCAGUGGAAAAUUCCAGAAAUAAUUCAUGAAUUUGAAAUGCCCCAUUCUGAUAAAAUGGCACGCUGUCCUGCUUCCUCCGGCCUCAUUCACAAAGCAGUCCUUGUCCGGCGUCUGCACCUGCCUGUUGGCAGCCCUCUUGGCUGCCAGCGCUCAGGCUGGUGCUGCCCACAGCUUCCGGUGUCCCUGGGGCUCGCGGCCACAAUGGCUGCUGUGUGUCUCUUUCGUCAUCCCAGUCAGGGACAAUCACCCGUUAGAGUUACUUUGUAUUUUACAAGCUUCCCAGUGUCUUCUCUGUCCAGUGGCCCCAGCUGGCUUCUGAACCCCCAGAAUGCAGCUGACCCAAAUUGGACUGCAUUGUAAAACACAUUUCAAACUGCAAAUAUUUGGAAAUCCUGAAGAGAAUUGUAAACCAUUUCAUUAAUGGUUUUUAAAAUACAUACAAGUUGAAACAAUGAUGUUUUGGGGUGUGUUGUUAAAAUUGACAGCAGCUGCUUCUUCUUGACCGUUAACAUGGUGAUCUGAGUGCUGGGGUGGGCACACAGGCCGGUGUGCGCAGCUGCUGUAGCUGCUGUUCCUCGGGUCAGCUGCGCCCCCAGCUCGGGCACGGCAGAGUUGGGAACCGAGGUGCGACACUUCCCUCGGUGAGAGGACCAGGUGGGAACACGGGAUUUGGGCGUGAAAGAGCACAAAUUUUGUGUUGUUUGACGACAACUUUGCACGGGUUAAUUUUUCUAACUCACGCAAAGCUUCUUUACAAAAUCGCUGUGUUGUGAGUACUUCAGGGCACCAGGUUGUUACGGCUAAUCAGAAUUGCAGAAAGACGGAGCCUAGAAUCUCAGGAGCUGCUGAGGCUGCUCGGGCCUUCCUCAGCAAAUUCCCUUUCACAUUUGAGAAGCAGUCGUGUCUCCAUGACUACAACUUCCAGAAUAUCUUAGUUAUUUUUACAAUCGUUAUUAGGGAUAAAGAAGCAGAUGUAAAUUACGCUCUUGGUAUUUAGUUCCACUGAACCAAAGCUGACAGUUGCUUUUCUUUAUGGAUGAAGAAUUAUGUACAUACAUGUGCAUAUUGUUUGUUUAUUGUACUCUUAGCUAGGACUAUUUAGAAGACCAAGAAUUUUCUAUUUCUAGAAAAUAUUUAAGAGAAACUCUAUUUACAGUGGCACAGUGGAAUCAAAAACAUAAAAAAUAUAUACAUUUAAUGGCAGACACAAGGGAAUUCAGCCCAGCAGCCAAAAAAAAAAAAAAAAGCUAUUUUGGGAGGAAAAUUCUGUUUUUCCAGCAAUGUCUUUCGGCUUUAGAAAUACAUUGUGUUGGAGGCCCUGAACCACACCCCGAAGGCUCUGCCUGGUUAUCUGGUUUUCUGACAGAGAGCUGGACCCGUCCAGCAGCACUCAAAGGUGUGCCGUCCCACGGUGACAGGUGCCAUCAGGAAUCCACUGUGUGGCCAGGUGUUAAUGAGUGCCCUGUGCCGGGCCUUGUGAAGGGCGCCCUCUCCUUGGACUUGGAUCUUUAGAAGCCACUCCGAGAGCUCUGCCCCAGUGACACGGAUUCCAGGAUGCAGGGAGAGAACUGUGGGCCCUCCCCGCUCACACGUGGUCACCCCUGGACAGCCGGGCAGCCCCUGCUGCCCCCUGCCCUGUCUCCCUCCGUCCUCCACCCUUCCUUCCUUCUCCCCCCUCUCUUUUGUGACAAAUGUACAUGACAUAAAACGUCCCCCUUCAGUGUGGACGCGGCACCUGUGCACUUGCAGUGCUGUGUGGCCUUAGCCACUGUCAACUUCCAAAGCGUCUUCUUUACCCCAGAUGGAAACUGCUACCCACAGUGCCAGCUCCCUCUGCGCCGUCCCCAGCUCUCGGGAAGCUGUGGUUUUUCCGUUCUGUUCUUUAAGCAUCUGUCCAUUCAUGCUCGCUGGCUCCGCCUGGCUUCUAUGCAGCUGAACACACGUGCUCACUGCAGAAGGAGGGCCGCCCGCUGGGACCUUUCUGGCCAGUGUUCCCCAGGCUGGCGCAGAUGCUGAGUCCGCCCCGGGGACAGCACUGCCUGUCUCACCUGGUGCACUGACCGAGGACGAGAUGUGGGGCAGCCUAUGCGGACCAAGUUCACGGGUUUGCCGAUCACAGCCCCAUGUGCCAUCAGUCACAUCAGCCCUGCUGCACAGAACAGAAAGCCCGGCCCUGAGUGAUCACUAACAGACCAGGCAGAGCAUUCAUGUGGGCCCACUUCCGGUCCACAUGGACGCAUCCUAGUAUGACCCCAGAGAGGGCUCCGAGGUCCCAGAGCACACCUGCCUGCCCCUGGCUCGUCCUUGGCAGGGAUGCAAAGGUCUGUGACCUCUCUGGGGUCAUUUCUGGUUCUUCCUAGAAACCCCCUGACCUGUGACCACGUGCCGAGCAGUGCGGGCUGCAUUGCAAACGUGAUUGUUUUAAGAGAAAAAGGCGAAUGUCCCCGUUCUGGGUUAAUGGGGUUACUUGGAGGGCUCCUCUCUGUCAGCAGUGGAGGUGGCUCAGGAGCAGUGCUGGGCAGCAAAGCCGUAACUUCAUGCAGCAGGACCAAAGGGACCGUGCACUGCAGAGCUAAACCCACGCUGGAGACAGUGGACACUCGUACCACCCCCAGUGUGGAAGACGGUGCAGAACCCCAUACCCACUGCACCCAGCCAUGGUCCCUGGUCCGAAGAGCCCAGCCUGGUUCUGUUCGCUGAUCCGCUUCUCCUUCACUGACAGUGUUGGCUUUCCCCAGCAUAGCCAUGAAGCCUGGGUGAGUGCAGGAGUUCUUCGGUCCGAUGGCUGUGUUUCAGUGACCCUACCAAGUCAGCGCUGUGUGUCGUGGGGCGGCUUGCGUGCCUCUCUGUGCUUCAGUCUCUUUGACCAUACCACAAGGACGAUGGUAGAACUGAGGGAGUUAGUGUGCGUGGGCGCUGCAGGAGGGGGUCCCCAACAGCCGGGACCCCCAUGGCCAGCAGGGGAGGGAGGAGGACAGAGGUGCUGGGUGUUGCUGACCUGGGCUCCUACUCCCAAGAGCCACUUGUGCAGACUGAGUCUGCAGGUGACUCUCCGUGACGCUGACCAGACGGGCAAAGGGAGCGUCCCUCUGGCCACUCACACAGCAGGGUCCUUGACCGCAGCCCUGCAGCACAGGACACUGAGUGUUUUCCCCAUGUCCUCCCGUGCAUGUGACCAUGGUAACUGCAGCGUGUGGACGGCGCAUGCACUAGGGCAGCGUCAUCACUACCCCAGGUGCUUGGCGCCACCGACAGCGCCCCACCCACUCACUUCCCUUUGGAGAGGAGCCAGAGCACACGCCCAGAAAGCGCCAGGCUUCCUGGGGUUCUGGGUGAACUCCGGUCUUCGGGGCAUUUGUGACAUGGCCCCAUCUGCUGUCACUGCUGGCAUCAGAGGGGCGGACCCGGCAGGGGACCGUGCAGUUCGCUUAGGGCUGGGACUCCUGCAAAUGGCAUCGGCAUUUGCAGCUCGGCAGGAAGGCGCAGGCAGGGCUGCAGCAGGAGGCCCUGCACCCGCACGGGCCGUGAGUCCCAGACACUCGGCCUUCGCUGGCCACAGGAAGAACUUGCGGUCUUAGCCCGUCUGAAAGUCACAGCGAGCAGCCUGGCUGGUGGCUCUGUCAUGUCAUCAGAGGUUUCCAUCCUGUUUUCCUGUGUCUCCCUGCAUCCUAAGACUUGGUGGUCACAGCCUGGUGUGGUGGCGAACGCCUGUGAUCCCAGUCCUCUGGAGGCUGAGGCAGGAGGACUGCCCCGAGUUCAAGGGCAGCCUGGGCUACCUAGUGAGACUCUCUCCGAUAAAAAGUGACCCGCACAGAUGACGGCAGCUGUUCCAGCUGUCACCUCCAACUGCAGAGAAACGGCUGCUUCUCUUCCUGUGUCUCAUUUUAGCAACAAAAAGCAAGCCUUUCCCCAGCUGCUCUGCUUUGGAGAAUCACUGUGCAGAACUGGGGUUCUAGCCUCUCCCACCCCAAAUCCUGGCAGGGGAUGUUCCCAUGUCUCUGGAUUCGCCUGUCCUGGCAGGAGAACACAUGGGAUCAGCGCGGGGGCCUGCUGUGUGGAGCAGGGAGACGGAGGUGUCAGGCACCCCGCCAGCAUGGGCGACUGUGAGUUUCAGAAGCAGAGGUGUCUAGACCGGAUGUCCUGGUGGAGCCGCUGUCAUUGGAUAUUUAGUGCUGGCUGUUCCAGGGUCGCGUUCCUGUGAUCUCACUGACCCUGGGCCGCAUCUGCGCGCAGUCACUGUCUGGCUGGAUCUUCCUCCCCCUAAAGCUGCAGGCCCAAGGGGACAGUUCGGAAGCCAGCUGGAGUCCCAUCCCAGUGUGAGGUUUUAUAAAGGAUCAAGCGACAAUUGAGUGCUUAGCUGGGUACAAGACCAAAAGAUGGAUCUAAGUAAAAACAUGUGGAACUCGCGGACACAGUACCAUGUAGGAGGCGCGUGGAAGGGGCACGGUGGUGUGGAUGGAGGGAAAGAGGGCAGCGGGGUCUGCGGGAGCAGGAAGUGAGGCGGAGCAGCUGGCUUGGCCUCUGCAGCCCCGAGUUUUACAUCGCGUCCCGAGGCUGGAUGGACACGCGCGGUCAGCGGUGUCUGCCUGGGCCCGUUGCUACACUUGUGUCUGGCGAGGCUGGAAGGCACAUACGUAAGAAAUGAUAGCACCACAUAAAACAUAGGGAAAGAAGGACACUGAGCCUGUGUCACGAUUUUAUCACUGUGGCGCUUGGUGCUGUUACUUACCUGUGAUGCCCUCAUACCACGUGCACACUUGAUGAGAUAGUCUCACACUCGUCUUGCACACAGGGGAGGAUGCGCCUGCUUUUCCUUCCCAGCUCUCUUUCUGUGUGACAUGGUAUCACCUAAGGAUCAAAGUAGACUACUUUGCCUGCAGUCCUUGGGUUCAAAUCUUGCCAGUCUUAGAGAGAUGACUUCAUCUCUUACACCUCAGUCUUGCCACCUGUGAAAUGGGCGAGCUGACCUCCCCGCCAGGGCUAUUACAGGGGUUGGAUGAGGUAGUGUGUGCAUGGUCAGCAGGUGGCCAGGCAUUGAAUUGGCAGUGAUCAGUAGGCCUGGGGUUACCAAGAGGCCCGAGAUAAGUGGAAGAAUUGUCACACGGCAGGUGACUGCAACAAGAAAAGCAGCAAGGGAAGAGCAGGUUUAUGGCAGUUCCGCACUGAGACACGACUUUGUGAUUAAGCCUCCCACCCCGCCCCACAAAUGGCUGUAGCUGAGUCACGUCUGUAAAAGCUUCCAGUGCACGGGCCUGGAGAGCCUGUGGUGCAGUAAUCCCUGGUUCCAUUAAAUGUCUGGGCCGGGAUUUAGCUCCGCGGCACAAGCACUGCCGGCAGGUGUGAGGUUGUGAGUUCGAUCUUCAGUACCAAAAAAAAAAAAAAGAAAAUGUCUGCUGAUUUUCUUCACCAAAUCUGUCACCAGUUUCAAGUCCACUUCCACACGACGGAAACUGCUGCUGGCCGAGUCCAGGCUCUUGUGCCCUUCGCUCCGCACGGCGGGUCUGUUACCCCAGGAGAGCAGGGGAGUUGUGAGUCCACGAGGGGAUGCAGAUUAGAUUGGCCAGAUUUUCUGUUGGCCGAAAUCACUAGGUUUGACGUUGCCCAGUGGAGCCAGGAGUUGGCAGUCUGGCCCCUGGCAAGCCUGGUGUGGCUCCUGGGCUUCCCAGACCCUGGGCACCCAUCCGCUCACCCCAGGGUGCUGGGUGAGUCUUGCCGCCUUCCCUGAGUGUUUCUGGGUUCGGGUAGAAAAGGCCGAGGCACGCUGCUGUGACUGCCUGGCAUCACCUCCGGGGACCACGGUCAGGAGAAAUCACCACAGCUCCUUUCCCUGAGGGUGAGGAUGUGUGGCAGGUGGCAGCAGUGAGACCAGGCGUUUGCCCCGCCGGAAACCCAGGUCCUAGGAAAAUGUAAGCCAAAAACCAGGGCUGAGUGUGGGACUCUGGGCUGGGACACGCGCGGAGCACAUGCAAGGCCCUGGGUCCCCUUCCCAGCAGGAGCCAGACAGCAACCAUAGCUGCAGAGUCCUGCAGUCUAGCUCAGUAGGGUGGAGGCUCAGCCAUGGCUUGGGAGCCAUUUCCUGGACUGUGAAAACUUCCCGGGUGAAUUUGAACUAUGUAAAUGUAAAGCCUGGGGUUCUCUAUGAAAACGGAGAUGCUCAAAAUGCUCUGGUGCUGGAACACUGUUCUGCUCUUGGAAGAGAAGGAGGCGGGGGUUCUGCAGAGAGGCAGAGCCAGGGUCCCGGCCUGGGAGGAAUGGGGUGGAGCUCAGGCCCUUCCUCCCUACAGAGCACCGUUCCCUGGGGCUGCACCAGAGUCUCCAAAGGAUCCUAAAGACCCUAAAUACCCGGGGUGGUGCUGUUCGUGAUGGCAGGGUACCAGGGACUGCGCCUCCCUGUCUUUGAUCCCCAGCCCUGAGGUUGCACAGGACUUGGUCCAGGUCGAAACACUUGCUCUGUGCGUCCCGCUCCUCUGUGGGUCACCCGAGGACACGGGGAAGCUGGCGCCUCCAUGAUGUUCCACGCAGCGCCUCGGCCUGCAGGGACCCUUUCCACCCUCCUCAUCCCCACCCAGGGAGUAAGGGUGACGGGCUCCAGCCGGGGCUUCUCUCUCACUUUGUUCUGAUCUUAUCUGUCCUUGGAAUCCUUGAGGAGACUGGGUUUUGGGCGUGUCUUUCCUCCAGCAGCGGUGAGUCAUGGAAGCUGCCCUGGAAUCCGUGGUGCUGUGCACAGUGCAGUGUCAUCGGAGAGUCCAGAGCAAGGAACACGGAGGACCCAGAGGAGAGCACCACUGCUCCUAGCACUCACCUGCCCAGGACCCAUGAACAGCGUGCUGCCCAUGACCGUAAACAACCUCUGCAUUUCUUUAGAGGCAACACCCAGUGGUCUAGUGCUCUGAGUGCCAGCCUCAGCAUGCAGCGCAUCCCCGCCCUUGUCGGGGGAGUUCCAUUUCAUGUGUUAGUGCCUCAGCUAGAGAAUAAUUUUUGCAUAUAAAAAGACAGUGACUUUGCUGUAAGCAGUGGUCUUCUGGUCUUCCAGCUGAGUGAGUCUGACCUUCCGGCCUGUAUGACAUCGGAUGUCGCCUUGGCUACAGUAUUGAGGUGUGCCAGGAGCUUUCAGGAAGUUCUUACACAAAACUCAUAGGACAUGGGACCUCUUUGACUCACAGACAUUAGUGCAAGCUUUCCUUGUGUGCUGUAGAACAUGGUUCACAGUUUACUCUAGGAAUAAUGUUUAUUUGAACUUUUAAAUCCUGUUAUUUGACCUAUCAGUGAUAAACUCAACCACUUUAAAAUACAUCAUUUAACAUAUACUAAAAAUCUUUAUAAUCUGAUAAGGAAAAGCCUGAGGCUCUGUUUAUGAAACCCAUAAUGGAAUAAUGUCGGGUAUAUAAUGGUCGGGUCUGGUGGCACAUUCCUAUAAUUCCAGUGCUCCGGACGCUGAGGCAGGAGGGUUGCUGCAAGUUCGAGGCCACCCUGAGCUACAUAGUGAGUUACAAGAUAACCUGGAUUACAUAGUGAGACCCUGUCUCAAAAUACCAACCACACACACACACACACACACACACACACACGCACGCACACUUACAAAACCAGAAAAAAGGACCCAACUCUGUUUUGAUCAUGUUAAUUCCAGAAUUUUACUGUAUUCUGUUCUUAUCACUUUUUCUGCAAAUGCAAUCAAGUUCUGUUUUUGCAUAAUUUUAUUAUGAUGGAAAGUGCUGCUCUUCAAGAAGCAAGCGGACUUCGGAGGACUUGGAGGACUGAAGUAACCUCUGCACCAUUUUACACAUGGCUGGACUUUGUGAUUCAGUGAGGGUGCUGGCCAGCGGGAAGAGUGACGUCUGAUCCAGCGUCCUGCCUUAGUUUCUCCUUCAGUGAAGCCAUCCCAGUGAACUCGGAUUUCCUCUUGGUCAUGUUGUCCCAAUGAAGUCUGUAUUGGGCUCUAGGAGUGAGCAGAUUUGGGUCUUUAGACUGAUCACCAAUAAGACCGAUUGGCGUCGUCGUCGGUUCUGACUGAGUUCUAGACACUGCGCUGUGGUCUUGCUUGUGCACCUGAGUGCACACCGGACGCGUAGCUCUCCUGUCCUCCCCCUCACUCGGUCCCCGCAGCCACUGCAGCUACUUUUCAGGGCUGCACGGUUAAACUGGAAAGCCUGGACGCACAUUACUCGGGCAGAGGCAGGAUGUGAUUUUCUUUACACUUUCUUCUAAGAAAGUACAUUUUGAGGUUCAGCGUGGAGGUAUUUUUAAGUGAGACACAGGACUGCCGCUUGUCCUGGCUGUGAGAACAGAGGGAAGGGUCUCCCUGUGGUGGCUUCUGCUGGCCCAGGUAGUGACGUUCCGGGGGGUGACAGGCUCGUUUGAGCCGUGUUGGAACACGGGAGAAUGCUUCCUUUUUGCACCUGAAUGUCGGCAAAGGGAAUUAGUUAAAUAAUACAAAGAGCCACACAUGUCACAUUGUACCUCACUGUAUCUGUUACUCAAUUCAGUGCUCAGCAGAAGUCAGUGCUCGCAAUUGUUCCAUCAAUCGGUAAAUGAAAUCCAGCAGUUUUGAAAGGUGACCUUCUCCCACUGGUGUAACGUGGCAGAACAUUCAUGAUGUCCUUUAAGUGGACAGGUCAACGAAAUGGACAGCAUGGUUCACCAAUGGUCAGAGCGCAUACUUCAUGCAUUUGAGUGUCUAGGGUGAUCUGUGGUACAUAAACAAACAGCUGGGAGCGCUUCUUUUCAGGAGCCUGCCGUUGGAUCAGCAUGGUGCUCACUUUCUGAGUUUUACCCGCCUUUCUACUGAGACUUUUUAUCAUAUCCCUUCCCUGUGCUUCACUUUGUUCCCCAUGAUUAACUGGGUCCAAAUAUGUUACAUGGAAAGUUCCAGAAGCAAGUGCCUUAUAGGUUUAAAUAACUCUUAUUACACUGCA